AUGACCGCGCACUCUCGCCUCGCGAACCCCCCGACCCCGACCGUCGUCGUCGGCGUCCUCGCCCUCCAGGGUGGCUUCGCCGAGCACAUCAACCUCGUCCGCAGAGCGGCCGCGCACCUGCAGUCGGCCGCCCACGUCCAGGCCGUCGAGGUUCGCACGCCCGCCGAGCUCGACCGCUGCGACGCCCUCAUCAUCCCGGGCGGCGAGAGCACCACCAUUUCCUUGGUCGCCGCCCAGUCCGGCCUCCUCGAGCCCCUGAGGCGCUUCGUCAAGGUCCUCGGCAAGCCCGUCUGGGGCACCUGCGCCGGCCUCAUCCUCCUGUCCGACGAGGCCAACGCCACCAAGAAGGGCGGCCAGGAACUCAUCGGCGGCCUCGCCGUCCGCGUCCACCGGAACCAUUUCGGACGCCAGAUCGAGAGCUUCGAGGAGGGCCUCGACCUGCCCUUCCUCGGCGACGAUGGGGCCGUGCCGUUUCCGGGUGUCUUCAUACGCGCCCCCGUCGUCGAGGACAUCCUGUCACCCGCCGCUCCGGGCCGCAAGGGUGGCGUCGCCGUCCUCGCGAAGCUGCCCGGUCGUCUCGACAAGGCGAGCCCGGGCCGCUCGCAGGCGAGCACCAGGGACGACUCGGGCGACGUCAUCGCCGUCCGUCAAGGCAACGUCCUCGGCAUGAGCUUCCAUCCCGAGCUGACGACGGACCCGAGGAUCCAUCUUUGGUGGCUGCGGGAGGUUCUACACCAGCUCUAG